CUCGCCGUCGUCGACGAUGCGUAAAAACCAAGCCCCUGCCACCACUGUUGAUCCGGUUUUUCCACUUUGGAGGGAAGGAGUACCAGAUCCUGAAGCCGAUGGCCUGUCCUCCAGAGAUCUUGUGGUCCGGCUUGUCCCUGUCGAAGAGUCGGGAAAUUUUGGAUUUGACGACAUCGACCCUGAAAGACUUGUCGUCUUCCACUCCCGGGCAGCCCCGACGGCUACGAGCGACGGCGGGCAGUGUUUUUCCAUUAGAAGGCGAUCCGAAGAGAAUAGAAAUCGAAACGCCAGCCUUGAUAACAGGGUCGCCGGCUCGCCGCCUUGAGCUCCAUGGUGUCCGAUUGGGGAAGAGAGCCAGAUUUGUGAGGCCAAGCUCAGAGGGGAGGUACCCGGCGUCCGGAAAUGACAACGUGGUUGAGGUCGAUGCCGGAGACGAUGCGGGUUUUGGGAUUGGCUUUGGAUUCGAUGACGAGCAGCAUUUAUAGCAAUGGAUGAGGUCGCGGAGGAGGGCAGAGAGAAAAAUAUUUUAAAAAAUUAAUUAAAUUUGUUUAAAUAUUAAAUUAUUUAGGGUUCGUUUGCUUCAAGGAUUUGGUACAUGGAUUUGGUACCAAAAAACUAACUAUCAAGGAUUUAGGUACAAUCCUUUGUUUGUUUGCACCUUUUUUGGAGACCAAAUCCGUGGGGCCCACGGAUUUUAAUGGUCCAAAUCCGUGGACCCCACGGACUUAUAAAUCCCACAUGUUGAUGUGGGAUUUGGAAUAUGGCAUAAAUCCUUGAUGAGAUUUUACCCAUAUAUCCUCAUGCACUUUUAAUAUUCCAAGGUUGCCCUCAAAUUUAACUAUUAUACAUUAUAAUUAACAAUAAAUGAAUAAUAUAAAC